AAAAAAAAAAAAGAGGAACGAGAGAGAGAGAGAAAUAGCCAAUCUGCACAAAGUGGGGGGAUAGAGAUUCAUUCUCAGAGGUGAUAUUUUUUGGAGAUUUAACACCCGAAUGAAUCAGAGAGAGGUGGAUUUCUUCCAAAUUCAUAGAAAAAAAAGAAGUAAUCAUCGAAUCGUUCUUCUGUUGUGUGUGUGAGAGAGAGAGAGAGAGAGAGAGAGAGAUCAAGGGGAGAGAGAGAGUGUGAGUGCAGAGAAGGUGAAAUAGAAAAUAGAAAAUGCGUUUCCCACUUGCGGAAAGAGAUUUGGGGUUUAGACUUAGAGUGUGUUUUCUGAGGAUAAGGGCCGAAAUGAGGCUUUUCCAGUGAUAGAAGAAGAAAGAAGAAGAAGAAGAAGAAACCCCCACCCAUCCAUAUGUCUGAUUUCACGGACAGAUAGAUUUUAAUUUUGUUUUUGGAUGCUGCUCUGAUCCAUUUCUGCAUGCUGGUAUCUAUUUCCAUUUAUAAUUUAAGGUGAAGUGGAAUAUGCAGCUAGUUUGUCAAGAUGUUUCGCAAAGCUGAGGUUGACAUGUUAGGAGCCGACGACUGCUUUGAAGGGUCAUAUGAGGAUCAUCAGAUAUUCAGAGAAGUUUUCUUUGGAAGUGAUUCUGGAAAUACUACUAAAAGAUGUCUCGUUACUGGAGUCAUUAACUUCGAAUCUGAUUCCACUAAGAAUCUCAAUUCCUCUCUCAGUUCCAACAAUGACAACUCUGUCGUAACAAGUGGAUAUGCUUGUCUAGAAGGUUUUGAGGCAUCUGCUACAAAAGAUGGUUCAGAUUUUAACUCGAAAGCUAAGAGACUUAAGCUUUCAGGUAAUAAGCAUUUGGAUGCAAGGGACGAAAAGGGAUCCGCUUUCAGUGGUUUUCCAAAUUCGGAUAUAGCUAGAGAAACAAUUCCUCUCCAUUUAGUUGAAUCAUCUAACAAGGGUGUUUCAACUAGCUCUUAUUUGCUAAAACAAAGCAUGGAAAAGGGGAAAGAAGUUUAUCUGGGGGGCAUCGUCUCAGAAAAGUGCAAGUCACAAAACUUGGACAGACCCGAUGGAAAGGAAUUUAAAGCAAUUGCCUCUCCUGUUUCUCAGGAGAGCUUCGCAACCAGAAUGAUCUGUGCAGGUGCUUCUACGCCUCAUAGUGAGAAGGCUUGCUUCUCACCGCAGUUGAACAACGGGUCUAAAGUAUCUCCUAAUGAGCUAAUUAUGUCUAAAACCUGUCUAAAGAUUGAUCCUAAAGACGAUCCCCGUCCUCUUCUCUACAAAUAUGUCUGUAAGUUGCUAAAUGCUGCUAGAUGGAAAAUCGAGAAGCGCGGAAGAUCAGGUAGGAAAUGCUGUGAUACAUUUUACAUAUCGCCAGAGGGACGGAAAUUUCGUGAAUUUGGGUCAGCUUGGAAAUCGUUGGGUGAGAUCCUAUUAGCUGGUCAUAAGUUAAUGGAUACUAGUACUAAGAAAUGGACCGGUAUCAAUGACUUCUGGUCUGAUCUCUCUCUUACACUGUUGGACAUCGAGGAGAACAUGAAAAAUCUAAAUCUUGCCAACACACGGGCACUUUGGUGGAGUGCCUUAGAGCCUUUUGUGAUUGCUGUCUUCAUUUCUAAGCACGUUGGAUCUUUAAGAAGAGGAAAUAAAGUCGAAGUUGCAAGGAUUUCAAUAGUUGACAAGUUGAAGAAAGAAGAUGCGAUUUGUUUGAACAUGAUUUCAGGCUGUCCUGAAAGUGUGCUGACAGUAUCUGAAGGCAGUCAUCUUGUUAAUGACGUGGAUGCUAUCCAAGAGAUUCAUUCAGAUCUUGAGGUGCAAACUAAAAUUGUCCCUCGAAAAGUUUCUUCAAGACUAGAGAGGCAGAAUAUAGUUGGUAAGGAAAUCUAUGAGAGUGAUGAGCAGGAGGUUAGCAAGGGCGUUGUAGCUUCAAACUUGAUAGCAGAAGACAUGCAUGAAAGUGUUAUGAGAAAGAAGUUACACAGAAGAUCAAAGAAAGUAUCGGAUAUCAAACCAGCUCCCUUGGACCAACAUGAUUCACUAGAUUCUAAUUCUCUCGACAGCCUUGAAUGCCAGGAUAAGGAGAUGAGCAACAUUCACCUCAUCGCAAAUGGAAGUCCGGAUGAAAGGUUGAGGAAUGAGAAGAUUAAGAAUUCAUGUUGCAAUUCAAAUAAAGGAAGAAAGAAAGCUAGGAAGCACUAUUCUCAGGAUGAUGAUCUUAUGGUGUCGACAAUAAUUAGAAACAAAGGUAAGGUUUGUAGAUCAAGCCAGAAAAAGAAAACCCAGAAACCAAAGGCUAGAACAAAAAAAAGAAACAAUAGGGGAGGGUGCAGGCUGCUUCCCCGAAGCACAAGCAAUGUGGAAAAUCAAUUAUGUCAAGGAAAUUGGUCUAUUUUGGGUCCAAGAACUGUCUUAUCAUGGUUGAUAGCUACCAAAGUAAUUUCUAGGGACGAAGUAAUCCAGUUACGAGAUCCAGAUGAUGAUACUGUGGUAAAAACAGGCCUCGUAACUAAAGAUGGAGUGGUUUGUACAUGUUGCAAUAGGACUGUAUCACUUUCUGAAUUCAAGAACCAUGCUGGAUUUAACCAGAAUUGUCCAUGUCUGAAUCUUUUCAUGGGGUCAGGAAAACCUUUAGCUUCAUGUCAGCUGGAAGCUUGGUCUGCUGAGUAUAAAGCGCGAAGAAAUGGAUGGAAAUCAGUGGAAGCUUCUGAUGAUGAUCCAAAUGAUGAUUCUUGUGGUGUUUGUGGUGAUGGGGGUGAACUGAUCUGCUGUGAUAAUUGUCCGUCGACCUUCCAUCAGGCUUGCUUAUCAAUGCAGGUGCUCCCUGAAGGAAGUUGGUAUUGCUCGAGCUGCACAUGUUGGAUAUGCAGCGAGUUGGUUAGUGAUAAUGCUGAACGCUCUCAGGAUUUUAAAUGUUCUCAGUGUGCGCAUAAAUAUCAUGGAAUAUGUUUGCAAGGGGAAAGUAAACCGAGAAAACUUUGUCCAGAGACCUACUUUUGUGGUAAAAAUUGCGAGAAGGUGUACACUGGUCUCAGUUCUCGUGUUGGGGUUAUUAACCCUAAUGCGGCUGGUUUGUCUUGGUCAAUUCUGAAAUGUUUUCAAGAAGAUGGAAAUGUUCAUUCUGCCCGAAGGUUGGCGCUGAAGGCUGAAUGCAACUCGAAAUUAGCUGUUGCCCUAUCAAUUAUGGAGGAAAGCUUUCAGUCUAUGAUAGAUCCAAGAACUGGUAUUGACAUGAUACCUCAUGUGCUAUACAACUGGGGGUCAAAAUUUGCUCGCUUAGACUUUGAUGGGUUUUACACUGUGGUUGUGGAGAAGGACGAUGUGAUGGUCUCAGUAGCAUCUAUCAGGGUGCAUGGAGUAGCUAUUGCAGAGAUGCCUCUUGUAGCUACCUGCAGCAAAUAUCGCCGACAGGGGAUGUGCAGAAUCCUCGUGGCUGCCAUCGAAGAGCUGCUUAUGUCUCUCAAAGUGGAGAAGCUUGUGGUAGCUGCAUUGCCGAGUUUAGUGGAAACUUGGACUGAAGGUUUUGGCUUCAAACCCAUGGAUGAUGAAGAACGUGAUGCUCUCAAAAGAAUAAACUUGAUGGUCUUCCCUGGGACAAUUCUGCUCAAGAAAACGCUUUACGAGAGCACAAAAACCAACAUUGUGAACGGCGUUUGUGUUUCUAAAGAUCACAGUGAACCAUCAAACAAAGAAGCAGACCUAGAGCCAGGCCUAGACAAAGCCGGGUUUCCCAUGAAUACCCAAGUUGAGAGCUGUGAUCAGAUGGUUCCAGCAGGUUCAGAUGGAGAGCCGGCCCCAGGCUUCCCCGUGCCACUUGGAGCCAAGGAUACAGAGCCAACUUCAGAAACAGAGAACCCAAGCCAAGACAGCAAUGUUGAUGAUAUGCCAAAUAAAACAAGAGUCUCUAUGGGAGAAGAAGAAGAAGAAGAAGAAGAAGGUUUGCAGGAAGAGGUAUCAAAGAUUUCAGAAGAAGGAAAAGAAAUGACAAGAGCUUCUUCUUCCGCUGCAGCUUUAGAAGAAGUAAGUGAUGUAGGAGUAGUAGUAGUAAAUAAUGUUAGUGAUGACAUGUUGCUUUGUUUUGAUGAACAGCUUGACUCUGAUAGCUCUGAAGAAGACCCGGAAUAAUAAUAGUAGACUAAAAAAACUAUGACCGUAUUGACCACUGCUA